AUGUUAUUGAACCAAUUAUCUGUUACGCGCCCCAGCAUAUGGCACUCGGCAUUAAAAUAUAAACAUGUAAGAGACAAGCUGCUAUCCCUGCAACGUGGUUUUGCUAUAAAAAUAAUUAAAGGUUUUAGAACCGUAAAUACCAUCAAUGCAAUAGCACUGGCAAGGCUGACUCCUAUACAUAUUAAAAUUAAUGAACUGGCAAUCAUCGAAACAACGAAACUAACAGGCACAAGCAAAUAUCUUCCAACAGACAUUAGUUUAGACACACCAUCGAAACCAGAAGAACGAUUACAUCCAUCUCGUCGCAAAAUUAUCCAUUACCAAGAAGCCAAUAACGCUCAAGAAGUCAAUCAGAUUCUCCUCGAAAACACUCAUCACAUCUACACAGAUGGUAGUAGACACGACGAAAAGGUUGGGGGAGCUUUUGUUGUAUAUUGCCCCAAUGGUAAAAUUAUAACUAGAAAACUAAAAGCUGUGUUUCAAGCUGAGUUGAAAGCCAUAGAACAAGCUUGUGUGUGGCUUGCAGAUAAACACAUUCCGAAUGCAGCUAUUCUGACUGACAGCAAAUCUGGACUACAAGAAAUCGGUAACCCCAAUAGUACAAAUCAAAUAGUUACCAACAUCCACAGAAUGCUAGACAACCACAGCUUAUCAGUUAAUUUCAUUUGGGUCAAAGCCCACACAGGUAUAGCUGGUAACGAAGCUGCUGACCUGGCAGCCAAAGCUGCAGCCACAAGCCAUAACGUCCCUAUUCUCAUAAAAUUUCCAAUUAGCUUCGUAAGAAAACUUGCUCAACAAGAUAGUAAAGUAGCUUCCGAACAAUUUUACCAAGAUAACAUGAAAGACGUCUUAGAAAGACGCCGUUUCUUGUACAUGCUUAGUUGUGGUGAGCUCUACGAUUUGUGA